CUGAAGACAGAGGAAAUGCACUGAGUAGAGUUCUUGAUUCACCAGUAUCAGAGGAUGGGAGAAAAAAACAAAGGGUUCCUCCACAAUAACCCUGAUUCCUUCACGUCCACAUUAAAUCUGUCCUUCCAGAGAACUGACCCUGUAUCUCCCAUGUCCAGUGAAUCCUCAUCCCACCAGGGUUUAGGGAAGAAAGGUCAGCUGGAUUUUGACUUUUCCUUCUCCUCUCUCUGAGUGCCAAGCACGUCCUGUCGCCUUCAGGGACUCCCAAAGAGGCGGACGCUGAGACACCCAGAGGUGGUGUGAGCUCGGUGCAGCUCAGGCGUAUAAAAGCAGCAGAGUGGAGUCAGGGUAUCAGAGGACGAGCAUGUGCAGGGAGACAGAGGAGCACAUUCUUCUGAGGAGGAAGACUUUCAACAUUUUUAAGAGGAGGAAAUUUUUUUCCAAACAACAAGAGAGGACUCAACAAGAAGCUGGAUUUACUUCUGUUGUGUUUCCUCAAAUCUGGAUCACUUCCAUGGAUUUAUUACACCAAGAGGACAUUUUCAGUAUCUUCCUAACCAGAGGAUCCACAUCAGGCCCAGAGCCCAGUGGUGAUGCUGCACUCAGACCCCUUGGGCACCCUCGCCCCCUCAGCUCCCUCUAACCACCCCACCAUGCAGCAGGAGCCCGACAUGAAGGCUGUGGCGCACAAUGUGACCCGGCUACCCAACAACCCCACGGCUGCCGGCCUCACCAUGACUCUGGGGAUCCUGUUCAACGUUGUGGCCCUCAUCAUCCUCGCCAAGGCGUACAACCGCUUCCGCCGGAGGUCAAAGGCCACCUUCCUGCUCUUCGCCAGCUCUCUGGUGGCCACAGAUCUUGCAGGACACGUGAUCACCGGGGCCCUCGUGCUGAGCAGAUACUCAGCGGGGAACUACUCCACAGCAGACGCUGCCACCAACCUCCAAAGGGACCCUGGUGAUCCAGAUGCUUCUUGCCUGUUUCUGGGAGGAUGCAUGGUCUUCUUCGGCCUGUGCCCGCUCUUCCUCGGGUGUGCCAUGGCCGCAGAGCGCUGCCUGGGUAUCACCAAGCCUCUGCUGCACGCCCGGCUGGUGACCACCGCACGGACGAAGGUGGCACUGACUAUGAUCUGGCUCAUGGCUCUCUGUGUGGCCCUCAUGCCUUACUUCCACCUGGGUGUGUACACGGAUCAGUACCCGGGGACUUGGUGCUUCAUCAGGGUCAUGGAGGACACCGAGCUGACAGACCUGGCCUUUGCGGUGCUGUUCUCUGGACUCGCUCUGAGCUCUCUGGCCUCGGCCUUUGUGUGUAACACCAUCAGCGGGAUCACGUUAAUCAGAGCACGGCUAAAAAAGAAGUCCUGCACUCAGAGGUGCUCGGCCCGGUCCCACGACACGGAGAUGGUGGUGCAGCUGGUCGGCAUCAUGGUCACUUCUUGUAUCUGCUGGAGCCCUCUGCUGAUCUUUGGACUGAUGUCGGCCAUACAGUCUUACAGCGACUCCCUCGGCAGUGACAGACAAACUUACAGGCAGCUAAUGAUCACAGGUGUCAGGAUGGCGACCUGCAACCAGAUCCUGGACCCGUGGGUCUACAUCCUGCUGCGCCGAGCCAUCCUCAGAAAGAUCUACCGCAUCACGAAGAAGCAGGCCAGUCUGAAGGGGAGCAUGUUCCGCUCCCUACGCGGGGAUGUCGGCUCCUUUCAGAGCUCGGACAAAAACAAAGUCACCAAGAUUUAAAAAGCACUGAAACAGAUCACAGUCUGUCAUCCACAUCAUGACACAGUGUAAUAUGUCCAUAUGAUAAAGAAAUGUGUCCCCUCAUUGGUCAGAAUGAGAGCUAGUGUUCAUAUGAAGUAUAAAUAUAAGGAUCUAAAUAUUCCUGAGCAGCUAUUAGAACCUCUGGGUUGUUGUAUGUGUUAAAGUUAAAGGGUGAAAUGUAAAGCUAAUCACAAACUGCUACGUGUGUUCAUCUGAAUGCAUCCAUUCCCACAUUCAGGUGGUGUUUGCACCACAGUUUGUCCUCUAUGAGAGAAGAUGUAAAUUUGAUUUGAUGUAACUUUUGGUUGAGGUGAAGUCUGUAUCCAGUCUUGUAGCAAACAUCUCAACUUAAAGGAAGUGUUUGUGUUGUUGUUUGACUUUGUUAAAGCGUCAGUGUGUCGUGGAAACGCUCUCAUACCUGAGAAAAGAAAGGCUGUGAAUAACACCGUGUGUGUGUUUUAUGUCUGAUGUAGUGCUGUGAGAUGAAUGUGAAUGUGUGCUUUGUGUUUUAACCUGGCUGUGAAUGUAUCGACAGUAUUUCCCCCAGUGUCCGGGGACUAAAGUGAAGCUACAGUAUAUGUUCCAAAAAAAGCUAAUGAAUGUGAUAUUGUUAAAAAAAGAUGGAGUGUUAAUCCAAAAAUAAACAGUUUUUAACAGUU